AUGCUAUUUUUCAGUUUCUUCAAAACUCUUGUUGAUCAAGAAGUCACAGUUGAAUUAAAGAAUGAUAUUGAAAUCAGAGGAACUUUAAAAUCAGUCGACCAAUAUUUAAAUUUGAAAAUAGAUAAUAUUUCAACAGUCAACGAAAGCAAAUACCCACAUCUAAAGUCAGUAAAGACCUUAUUCAUAAGAGGUUCGACUGUUCGUUAUGUUCACUUGAGUUCUUCAUCUGUGGAUUGUACAUUAUUACAAGAUGCUUCCAGAAGA